UUCUAACUGAUAAACAUUGGAAAGGGACUCGUUCAGUUAGCGUGCAGUAUUUUUUUCAAUAAUUUUUGUUUUUAUUUUCUAAAAUACUAAAGUAAAAUUUGUAAAUAAAAAUAUUUUACUUUGUACCUUUUAUUUUAUGUGAUCAAGAUGUGCAUCAUACUUCCACGACUUGAUAAAUGUUGUUUUUGUUUACGUCUGCGAGCGGGAUCCUUGAUCAUUGGAUAUUUUUCACUAGUACUAGCAUGUCUAAGCAUCGGGACGCUGUCAUUCACUAUAUACAGGGUGGCCAUAUAUAAGCACGAUUACAAGAAAGAUCCCACAACGACACCCGAGGAAGUAGCCAAAGCGACGUUGUCUCUGUACAUUACACUCGGCUACUAUGUGCUGGUCUUCCUGUUCCUUUUGACCCUGAGUCUACUGCUGCUCAUUGGAGUUCAUUCGAAUAAACCCCACCUACUGAAGUUUUAUGUCAAUUCGGGGUUGUUCCUGCUUGGGCUGGCCCUGGCCCUCGUGGUGCUGUGCUGGGUGUUCGCCGGUGUCCUGGCCACUCUGCCGCUGCUCAAGUGGUGUCUAAUACACUUCUAUUUCCUCGUGGUGGUUCGCAGCACUUACCUGGAGAUGGAGGAUGAAAACAAACCAACUGUCUAUCAAAUGCAUAACAUUAUUUACAACCCUCAUCAAACACAGCCAUUGAUUGCUUAGACAUUUUAGUAGAUACAAACUUAUUACUUUUAAAUUACAUUGUAUGCCUUGAAAAUGUACCUAUUUUGUACCAAAAAAGUACCUACGUUGUGUGGUCCAUGUGAAUGAAGAAAUGAAGAACAUAGAGAAGGUUCAUUUUUUACGCGGACCUUGGCUUUGUAUUGUAUGUAAGGCAUCACAGCCCUUAUGCUAGCGAAAACAAGAUGAGAGAGUAGGUUCCUAAAAAACCCGAAAUUUGAAGAACGCGCACUUUAGAACCUAUUUAGUGCUAUUGGUAGAAGUCGAAGACAUUCUUGGAAAACACCAUUGCGUUUUUUGUGGGCUAGUUGCGUUGAAUCAAACAGUCAAAUUCAAACAUAAACCUACGCCAAAAUAAGUUUACCUAUUAUUAAAAGCGAUAAAAGCAUGUUAAAAGAUUUCUAAUUAAGCAUUUAAAUAAGUAAGUUAAAAUUAUUUAUUCUCCCGCCUAAAUCAAGAGCACUAAAUGUUUUCAUAAUGCCAAAGAUUAUUUUCCAUUACCUAGGUAGGUAAAUUCACGUAGCGUCUACUCUUUUGUACCUAUUCCUUUUAUAUUAAGUAAGUGAUAAGAUUAAAUAAAUAAAAAUGUAUAUACCUA